AUGAAUAUUUCAAUGCAAGAAAUUUCCUAUGAAGUUUCAGACAAUAAUAAUAAUUGUAACAAUAAUAAUAAUAAUAAUAAUAUUAAUAAUAAAAAUUGUCAUGUUAAAGAAAUUGAAUCAAUGAAUGGUGCAAAUAAUAUAAUUGACGAUCAAAUAACGAUUUGUAAUAACAAUAAUGAAAAUAAUAAAAAUAAUAAAAAUUAUUUUGAUAAAAAUCAAAAAGGAAGAGAUUGUAUUGAAGAUCCUAAAAAAAUGAAUUCAACAAAUUUUCACUAUGAUUUAGAAUUAAAAAAAUUAAGAAAUAAUUAUUUUAUUUUUGUUUUUAUUUUCUAUGUCAUGAUUAGUAUUUUCUUUGGUGGUAUGAUGUUAGGUUUACCAUGGUUUAAAACAUCAUUUUAUGAUUCAAAAGGAAAUCAAGUUUGUGAAAAAGAUAUUCAUUUGGGAGAUGAAAAACCACCAUUACAAAAAACUGACCAAAUUUAUUGGGAAGAAUAUCAAAAAGGGUAUAAGGUUUUAACAGUAUCAUUAGUUAGUAGUAUUUUAUUAUUUUUAGAUGUAUUAAUGGUAAUUCCAGUGGUAUUGUUUAAAUCAUAUUAUUCAAUGAUACCAGAAUUAAUUUAUUAUUGUUUAGAUUGGUCAUUAUUGAUUGUAAUUUUAUCAACUUUUAAAAGUUAUUAUUUAAUUCCAUUUAGUUUUGCAGUAACUGGAUGUACUGGAAGAACAUCAUUUGAAAAUUUUUUAGGUCCAGCUUUCUUUUUUGCAAUUUCAAGAUUAGCUGCAUUAAAAUUAAUUAGAAUUUUAGUUAGUUUUUAUUAUAUUUAUAAAUCAAAUUUUUUAUUGAAAAAAAAACAACCCCACCGAUUAUAUGAAUCAACAGGUCCAUUAAACUUUGCUGCAACUUCAUGUCAAGAUUUAUCAAAUCUUAGUGAACAUUAA